UUGACAAGCGAGACCCAUUGUCAAAAAACUCUAGAGCUGAAACUAGGACUGGGUGUGAGGCUCGACUUUAUAUUAAAUUACAUGAGGGUACUGGAAAAUAUGUUGUGACUGAUUUCAAAGAAAAACACAACCACGAUCUUGUAUCACCUGAGUGUGCCCACAUGUUGCCAUCACAAAGAAAGAUCUCCACUACCCAAGCAAUUCAAUUAGAUUUAGCGGCACAAUCUGGUCUUCGUUUAGGCCAGUCUUUUGAACUCAUGGGUAGGGAAGCUGGUGGAAGGCAAUGUCUUGGUUUUACGAAGUUAGAUUCUAAAAAUUAUUUGAGAACCAAAAGACAACAAAGUUUAGCAUAUGGGGAAGUAGGCAAUGUCUUGCAAUACUUUAAAGAAAAAUCUUUGCAGAAUCCUUCAUUCUUCUAUGCUGUUCAAUUAGAUAAUGAGGAGCAAAUAACCAAUAUGUUUUGGGCCGAUGCACAAAUGAUCAUGGAUUAUGCCCAAUUUGGUGAUGUUGUCACAUUUGAUGCGACUUACAAGUUAAACAAAGAACAUAGACCCUUCGCAUCUUUUGUGGGAUUCAACCAUCACAGGGAAACAGUUAUAUUUGGUGCAGCAUUGUUGUAUGAUGAGACCGCCGAAUCGUUUGUAUGGUUGUUUGAAAACUUUCUAUAGGCUAUGUCAAGGAAGGCACCGAAAACUUUGUUCACCGAUCAAGAUGCUGCAAUGGCUAAAGCCAUACCCAUCGUUAUGCCUGACACAAGUCACCGAUUGUGUACUUGGCAUUUGAUGCAAAAUGCAUUAAAACAUGUUAACUGUUUGUUCCAAGAUAAGGGGGUCAAGGGUGUACUAAAUAAAUUCUUCUUUCACAUUGAAGAUGCAAAUCAAUGGAAAUUAGAGUGGGCGGAAAUGCUUGAUAAAUAUGAUGCGCAUGAAAACCAUUGGUUGAAAUUGACUUUUGCGGUGAAAGAAAAAUGGGGAUGGCCUUAUGUUAGAUCAACAUGGGCUGCGGGAAUGAGUACCACACAACUUAGUGAAUCUUUUAAUGCUUUUUUGAAAGAUUACAUUCGUUCGGAUUUCAACUUAAAUGAAUUCUUCAUGCAUUUCGAAAGGGUACUUUAUGAGAAGCGAUACAAGGAGUUAGAAGCGGGAUAUGCUUUGUGCCAAAGGUUACCAAAGGUGAAAGCAACAAUAAAAAUGUUAAUUCAAAUGGGUAACAUCUACACAAAAAAGAUCUUUGAGGAAUUUCAAAAUGAGUACUUUCAAUCCAUUGAAUCAGACAUAGAAGCAAUUGAAUAUGGCGAAGCUAGUACCAUUUACACAGUUGUUGAUGUUGGUAACAAACAUGCAAGGAAAGUGAAGUUGGAGAGGGAUGGCUCUUUGGGUUGUAAUUGUACAAAGUUUGAAAGGGAAGGAAUCUUGUGUUCUCACUCAUUGAAGGUCAUUAGAGACAUAUUGAAGAUGAAAGAGGUUCCUCCACAAUACAUUCUGAAGAGGUGGACCAAACAAGCAAGAGCCGAAACUGUGCAGCAUAUUAACGAAAAUGACAUUCAAGUAGAUAUGAAAUUCCAACAAGCUUCGCGGUAUAAGACAUUGAUGACUGCAUUUAGAGCAGUAGCAAGUAGAGCUGCUGAAACUGAAGAAACAUAUGCUUUUUGUAUUGCACAGCUUGCUACAUUAGGUGCAGAUGUUGAAGGCAAGUUAAGUGCUCAUUUUGGUGUUGGAAAUGAAGCACGUAAUGAUGAUGAUACCCAAAGCUUUGAAGUGGAAUGCGAAGAUGUGAAUCAUGUUGUGCAACCAAAAGGAUUGAAGAAAAAGGUGGCAACUAGUAAGGGCAAAAGGAGGGUCAAAGGUGGAUUCGAAGCGGCGUUGGUAGCGAACUCCAAAAAAAAAUCCCGUGCUAAUAGCUUCGCUUCGUCACAAUCUAUUGCUAGUUCAACGGUUGCACCUUCUCCAUUAUCUAUUGGAGGAGAUAUAUAUGUUCGUGAACAUGUUCCUCCGCUUCAACCUCUUCCUCCCCUUCAUCCUCUUCCUCGAUCUUUGCCCAUGGGUAGUAAUUACAUUCCUCCGCCAUUGAUGUAUCCCACAUAUCAUGCGAACAAUUUGCGGGAGAUGUAUGUCGUGCCAAAUUAUUUGCCAACUCAACCAACAUUCCAGUCACUACUACAAGGUUCAUGUGGAUAUGACAUUGGGUUUCGAUAUUCUCAAGAAUCAACUACUCCAAUGUGUAGUCAGGCUAUGGACAACCAUGAACAGAACCAAACUGAUGCUGAAAUUGGGCUGCAACGUGAAGUCAUGGCCUCUGAAACUGUCAAGCAAACUGUUGCUGGAAAGUGAUGUUAAAGUACUAAUGUGUCAAUUUUUAAGGACCAAUGAAUUAAUUUAGAUGUUAAAGUUGUACUGGUUGAUGUUCAUUUACAGUUGAUUUUAAUUUAUAUGUUAAACCCAAGUGAAAUGGUUAUUGUUAAUGUUCAUUUACCUUGGUUG